AUGGCUGAGAUUCGUCGAAAACUUGUAAUUGUUGGUGACGGUGCCUGUGGUAAAACAUGUCUUUUGAUUGUAUUUUCCAAAGGUACCUUCCCUGAGGUUUAUGUUCCCACUGUUUUUGAAAAUUAUGUGGCUGACGUUGAAGUAGAUGGUAGACGAGUUGAAUUAGCUUUAUGGGAUACAGCUGGCCAGGAAGAUUAUGAUCGUCUUCGACCUCUUUCCUAUCCAGACUCACAUGUAAUUUUGAUUUGUUUUGCUGUGGAUUCUCCAGAUUCUUUAGACAACGUUCAAGAAAAAUGGAUUUCAGAGGUGAUGCAUUUUUGUCAAGGUUUGCCAAUCAUCUUAGUUGGAUGUAAGAAAGAUUUAAGAUUUGACCCCAAGACAAUUGAAGAAUUACGUAAAACAUCCCAAAGACCUGUUACAACUGAAGAGGGUAUGGGAGUAGCUCAAAGAAUUGGAGCAUACAAGUAUCUUGAAUGUUCAGCCAAAACUGGUGAAGGAGUACGUGAAGUAUUUGAACAUGCUACAAGGGCUGCACUUUUGACUAAUAAAAAAAGGAAAAGUACUUGUAUGGUUUUGUAA